AUGUUCAACUCUAUCAUAACCCUUGCCAAGCGCAUCAAUGUCCCAGUCACAGCUUCAACGACCGCGGCCGAGGCGGCUGAGAUGCAGCGGGACCCGUGGUCCAAAUCAGCGAAAUAUGGAGUGGGAUUUGUUUAUUUCGCCGUUGUCCUACUCGUCAUAACAACCUUUAUCCGAUGCUGGCACAAAUGGGGCGACAAAAUGCGAAUUGCGCUGUAUAAAGAAAACCGACCCGAAAUAUAUCGCGACGACUCCGUACCUGAUGAGUACGAGCUCCCAAGUGCAGGCACCGAUGCUUCCAACGCACAUUUCUUCCCAGAACCGACCGCAAUAUCUCCGGCCAAGAGGACCGAAUCUGUUCUUGCUAGGAUAGUUCCGCUGAACAAGGCAAUCGCAUUCAUGCGUUGGAUAUUCUAUCGCCCAAUUCCAACCUUGAAGAUCGGCAAGCUGGAAGUCGUUUUCCCAUCUUUGGCUGUUACAGUGAUUGUGCUGGCGGCGCUGAUCUUUGUCACUUUGUACUGCUUUGUACCGCAGCCCCUGUACUACUGGUCAAUCGCACUCGGCUCUCCGCCACUGGCGAUCCGGGCAGGCAUGCUUGCAGUAGCUAUGAUCCCUUGGAUUGUCGCUCUCAGCACUAAAGCAAACUUCAUCACGAUGAUGACUGGCCUGGGCCCUGAGCGAUUAAACGGACUGCACCGCUGGUCGGCUUAUAUCUGUCUGUUUCUCAGUCUGGUACACAUUAUUCCCUUUUAUGUCACUCCAAUUUGGACUGAAGGUGCACUCGUCAAUUAUCGUCUGGGCAUACCACCACAUGCUUAUGUAUAUGGAACUGGAAUCGCGGCUCUAGUGCCCUUGCUCGUUUUGUGUGUUCAUUCGCUUCCAUUGUUCCGAAAUUGGAUGUACGAACUGUUUGUCUUUAUACACAUUCCAGUCUCGUGGAUCUUUGUGGCAAUGAUGAUCUGGCACACGAGGAAUUAUUUACAAUCAUGGGGCUAUCUCUUUACAACCAUCGCCAUCUGGAUCAUUUCCUAUGUGGUCCGCCUAUUCUAUUUGAACUGGACAAAUCCCCUCCGCAGCUCAUCGUUCUUGAUCGGCGAGGAGUCAGCCUUGACACUUCUCCCUCAAAAUGCGAUCAAGGUCACAAUUCCUACCAAGAUGCGCUGGCGACCAGGCCAGUACGUAUACCUCCGACUGCCGAGAAUCUCUAUGAUCCAGAGCCACCCUUUCACAAUUGCUUCACUCUGCAGUGAAGAUUUCCCGUCCGCCUAUGGCGAAAAAUACCGUGACAUGACGCUGGUCUUCCGUCCCUUCAAAGGGUUCACACGCGAAGUUUUCCAAAAGGCCUUAGAACACGGCCCCUACAGAACCUACAGUGCAUUCGUCGAAGGGCCUUACGGCGGUAUGCAGCGGGAGAUGGCCGCCUUCGACGAUGUGAUCUUCUUCGCCGGAGGCAGUGGCAUCACAGCCAUCGCAAGCCAACUACUAGAUCUAAUCAAGAAGAUCAGAGACGGAAAAGCCAUCACCAAGUCAGUCCGAGUAAUCUGGGCCCUAAAAAGCCCCGAGACAAUGGAAUGGUUCCGCGAAGAACUACGAAUCUGUCGCGACUAUGCACCCUCCAAUAUCGUGAACUGCCACUUCUUCCUCACCGCGGUGAAAGCAGACGACCAGGCCGGACGCGACAUAGUCCAAGAAAAGAUCUACGGCAUGCUCCAAGGCAUCGACAAGCGAAAUUCAGCAUACAUCCGCGCCGAAGCCGCCGGCAACCCAGAUAUCGAAAAAGAACUGCGUCGCGAAAACGAAGAUGGCGUCGCUGCUCUUCCAAACGCUUACACUGCUGCUCAUGCUGCUAAUACUCGCCAAUACUACCAACCAGCAAUGGAACCCUAUGCUGGUACAAACACGCCUAAUUCGAAUUUCGACUUCGGCUUCGGAGGUGCCCAGAAUGUGCCUCAAAGGCCGCCUCCGGCGCCGGCGCCGCGCUUUGCGUAUUAUCAACCGCGUGCACGGGACAAUUGGCGUACGGAUUACUUCCGUCCUAAUAUCCCUGAGAUUAUUAAUGAGUUCUCAAAGAGUUUUGGUCGUCGUACGUGUGUUUUUGUUUGUGGUCCGCCUAGUAUGCGUGUCGAGGUUGCAAACUCAGUGGCAAAGCUGCAAUGGCAGGUCAUGAUGGAUUCGUCGAAGGAUGAGAUCUUUUUGCACGCGGAGAAUUAUAACAUCUAA